GUGAGUAUUACGGGAACCUAGAAGUGACAGAAUUCUUCUUGUUGACAACCUGUCAUGUUUGUGUGAUCGCUGGCAAUAAUCACCCUUACACCAAGCCAAAGACAAAGCUGAUUUUGGCAGCUUAAUAUACUCACAACUGACCGAUAACAGUGGACCGACGUGAGAAGAGAAUUAAUUCUGACGCGUUUUUCCCCGCUAGUAUCACCAAGCACUAUAAACACCUCACAUGGCCACGCUGCUGAGAAACCGGCGGUCAAUGAGCUCCGCCGUAUUUGGCAUACGCCUCGCCCUUUGUCAAGGACAUUGUCGCGCAUGCGCAGUGCAAUCUCCUGCCUAAUCGAUAUUGCCGUGAUAUUGGAUGUGCCAAGUUGUGGCAUGGCCUCCGUAUCGGGAGCGCUCGCUACAGUAUAGGGAAGCGUGCCAUUGACGGUCAGUGCAAGGCGAAUAAUAACCCUAGCCAUAGCUAUGGAACUGACCGCUAUACGGUCAGCCGAACUUCCUCCACGCGUAUAACUGGGUUGUACCGCAAGGAAACACUGCGACCAUAAUGCCGAUGUGACCUCGUUCUGCAGUGCCAGAAGAUCCCGCUAGAGAUCGCCGCAUGAUGUCUGGAGAGCGGAAAGCGGUAUCGCCGAUACCCGAGGAGUACACGGAAAUUGCCGAAGAGAGGCACGAACUUCCGGCAAAGCGUCACAGCCGUGGUCGGAUCCAUGAGUCGGACCGUCCACCUCAGAAGAGAAAGCGGAGCUGCCCGGAUUAUUUCGGGGUGAAGUCGUACCUCCACAACUUCUACGACGCCAGCGCUGUGUACAAAGACCCCAUCAUCUACGAAGACGAUGACGACCUUCGGUAUCUGUUGGCUCCGUAUCCCCGUCGUCGACGAUGUCCCCCGAUAUGGUGGAAGAUCUUCAUGUGGGUUGGAGUCAACCUACUCCUGUUUGGCGUCAUCGGGAUCCUCGUGGGUUAUCUGGUUCCCCCCAAACACCCCCUCGAACGCGUGGACGAAAUCCACGACAUUGCCUUCGUAGACCGAAGUGCAGAAGCUUACAAUACUACACUGGAUAUGUGCAAACUCAUUGGCCUUAUCUUGUUCUGUGUAGGGGGGAUAACUCUCGCCAUGUCACUCCUUUUCCCAAGCUUCCUGUCCCACUACUGCGAUGAUGACGGUCGGGACGAGGCGAUCAAGGUGCCCCUGAGGGAUGGGGAAAAGACGCCCCUUAGUCCAAUCGAAAUGACCAUCCCCUCGUCAUCAAAGGUCAGAAGCGUUCAGCCUGCUCGGAGAAGUCCGGAAUCCGUCAUGACACAAGGGGGAACCAAGUCGGUAAAGGACUGAACAGAAGGGAGAUCACUCCUGGCUGCGACUUGAUAACGACCUGGAUUAUCUCCCUUGACUUCGAUGACUACGACAAAAUGUUGUGCUAAUAUCAUUGUUUGGUUGGGAAAGUGUUUGGGAUGUCAGGAACUGAUAUCCUUGAAGAAUUCGAGAGGGUGUAAUUCUAAAUAUCUAUGAAGAAGGCGAAUACUUCACAGCAUGUGUCACGUACCUCAGAGUCAGAUAUGGUACUAGAGUACUAGUAACCUCAGAUGAAGAGUAUUCAGCUCGAUUGUGUGUUAUAGUCACAGAGGGUGCAUGCGUUAUUGUGAUGAAAAGGUGUUCACUGCACGUGGAGAGAAAUAGCGAGACUGAUGCGAGAGUAACGGCGAUAUAAGAUUGAGGCUCCACGCGAUGUCCCUCAACGCCUGACCGGAUUAAAACUAUACAGAAUAUGUCAUUGUAAAUGUCAGUUUGUUUUAAUCAGUAAAUAUUUUGUUUCAUACAACUCAGUAUCACCCGGAUAUAAUAUGCUAGUAGUUAUCACGUGUGUAUUUCGUGAAAUCAACAUCAUUGUCCUAAAACAUGUUUGCCAUCAAGGUCAGUCACCAAGGUCAAACAUCAGAAAGAAAUCUGGCAUCGAUAUUCAUGAUCAUGCAAAUACUCUCUUUUGAAACGACUUGCUCCUUAAGGUUUUCAAAGAAACUGGCUAAUGGCGUUCUUCGAUCGUAACCUACUAGUAUAAAUAAAUAAAACAGUAUUGAAAUAUGAAAUUGACAUUCCGAUUCGGCCCAUCAUCAUUGUCACUGACCAAUAGUUACAUAAUCACAUCGCCCACACUUAUCAGAAACUCUCGUUAUCGAUUCCUCUCUCGGCUUGCGUAGAACUACCAGGACAAUUUGCUAAGUGGGAAAACAAGCCUUGCCGUCAGGUGUUUAUAUCAAGACUACACUACCCGAUAGUUUCUAGUGAACAGAUCUGGUCGUUAUAUUGUAAAAAGUCUCCCAAAGUGCUUAACCCUUUUGGUGCUAAUCCAGAUGAUCCAUUUCGGAUUAACUUCAAAACUGAAUUUAGAACUUAUUAAUCUGGUCAAGAAAAGGGUUAUAAGAUUUUUAUUUAUUUUUGUAGAUGUUGCCAAAAUUAUUUGAGUUCGAUAUCCGAUUGUAUCACGCUACAUUUCAAUGAACCAGGGAAUAGAAAAAUCUUUCCCAAAAAAAUCUUGUAUUUUUUCUUACUAAUCAUAAUGAAAGUUGUCAAGAACUAUAUGUUUUUCAUGUUUAUGUGUUUUCAUUUCGACCUAUGUUUUGGGGUAAAACCCCGUUAACUGUGAAAUAUCAAAAUGAUUGACAAUCUCAAUUCGGAUACUUGAUAAACGACGUUAAGAGAAUUACCUAACUCCAUCGACUGAUUUUCAAUAUUUCCUGGUUUAUUCGUAUAAUAUAUGAAGUACGAUUGUGCCGAACUGUAACACAUAACGAACAAAAUAUGCACACCUCGUGCAAUGGCUAUCAAACAAACGUAUAUCACGAACAUAAAUGUAUUGUUUGGUACAGAUCGACACAUCCGGACUUUCUUCAUGUAUCAUUUUGAACCUGAAACUCAUCCCCAUGUAGACACUGCUGAGGUCUGUCAGAAUGUUAACUAUAUUUUGAAGUCUGUUCCCAGUGCUCCGUACAGUAACGUGCGUUGUGUGUAUGUGCGUGUGCGUAAAUCCAGUCCAGAUAUGCUGGAAACACGGGAAUACGAUUCUGUUAAAAAAACUAAGGUAAGGUUUCUGUCGAGUUUUCUGACAUAAUUGGCUGUUAUCAACCGCAUGUCAAUAACACAGCGCCUCGACAUAUGUCAAUGCACGAGGAAUGGGAUUGCUAGCUUGAAACAUCAAUAAUAGCAAUGG